AUGCGCACGGGUCUUCUCGCCCCAGACUCAACCUCCUACGACCCGGUACUCAUCCUCCUAAACACGGAAGACAAAGAAGAGCGUGACAAGUUGACCAGGCAAUGGCGCGACAACAAGCUUUCGGAGUUGAAUUUCGUCGGCAUCGUUGUUGCUGUCACAUUCACAAUCGUGACUGUCAUAGCUGCGUCAGUCUUUUUUGCCGGACAGGUCUCUUUGUUCUCUGCAUGCGAAGAGGCAGGCCAAGAGGGCUCCGAUGAAUGA